AUGCGAAUGUGUGUUUAUGAAAAGUUUCUGGAAAAUGAUACGGGUAUUAGUGGACUCGAGCGACGAAUAUACCAAGCCAUUGCUUCUCAGUUCAAGACUAUCAACCAACAGUAUUCUCUUUGGAAGGCAUGCUUGACUAAAGCCAAUACGAACCCGCAAAGUGGCUCAAAUCUACAUGUUGUGAACGUGUAUGCGGAAUCGAUCUUUCUUAAUGAUAAUAAGCCUCCGAAUAUGCCUUUCAAGCUGUACCAUGCUUGGAAAAUCUUAAAAUAA